UUCCCAAACCCAUUUCCAGACUACAAUGGAGGCGCUACGAUUCUCCCCCACCCAGCCGCCACUCCUCCGCCGCCACGCUUUCGACAAAAUGGCGCGCAACCCUCUUCACGCCAACACCCGACACCGCCGUCCCAAGCCCUUCAUCGCCGCCAGGCUCUCAAAGCCGGCGGAGAUAGCAUCCCCUUCCGCCGCAGAAGAUCCCUCCUUGUCUGUGUCUCCUCCACGGCCUAGAGUUUCACCGGAUUCCCUUCAGUACCCACCCGGCUACGUCGGGGCGGUUCCCGACCGGUCACAUUCCGAUGGAAACGACGGCCUAAUGAAUGCGAUGGGUUAUUUGACCAAUAUACUGUCUUCGAAGGUUUAUGAUGUGGCCAUUGAGUCACCACUUCAAAUUGCGCCAAAGCUAUCUGAAAGACUCGGUGUUAAGCUUUGGCUCAAGAGGGAAGAUUUGCAACCCGUUUUCUCAUUUAAGCUCCGAGGAGCUUAUAAUAUGAUGGCAAAGCUUCCAAAAGAACUGUUGGAAAAAGGGGUUAUCUGCUCAUCAGCUGGAAAUCAUGCUCAAGGAGUUGCUUUAGCUGCCAAGAGAUUGAAUUGCAAUGCCGUCAUUGCUAUGCCUGUUACCACUCCGGACAUCAAGUGGAAAUCUGUGGAGAAGCUGGGUGCUACAGUUGUCCUUAUUGGGGAUUCAUAUGAUGAAGCACAAGCAUAUGCUAAGAAGCGUGCAAAAGAGGAGGGUCGUACAUUCAUACCACCUUUUGAUCAUCCUGAUGUCAUCAUGGGUCAGGGAACAGUAGGGAUGGAAAUUGUGCGCCAAAUUCAGGGUCCAAUGCAUGCAAUCUUUGUGCCUGUGGGAGGUGGUGGUCUCAUUGCCGGUAUCGCUGCUUAUGUGAAGAGGGUUUCUCCACAGGUGAAGAUUAUUGGGGUUGAGCCCACUGAUGCAAAUGCAAUGGCGUUGUCACUCCAUCAUGGUCAGAGAGUGAUGUUGGACCAGGUUGGAGGAUUUGCAGAUGGUGUAGCUGUUAAAGAGGUUGGUGAAGAAACUUUCCGCUUGUGCAAGGAAUUGAUAGAUGGAGUUGUUCUAGUAAGCCGUGAUUCCAUUUGCGCAUCAAUAAAGGACAUGUUUGAGGAGAAAAGAAGCAUAUUAGAACCAGCAGGUGCUCUUGCCCUUGCUGGAGCUGAGGCAUACUGCAAGUAUUAUGGGCUCAAGGGGGAAAAUGUUGUAGCAAUAACCAGUGGGGCAAACAUGAAUUUUGAUAAACUCAGGGUGGUAACUGAACUUGCUAAUGUUGGUCGUAAGCAAGAGGCUGUGCUGGUAACUGUUAUGCCAGAGGAGCCUGGAAGUUUCAAACAGUUUUGUCAGUUGGUUGGGCAGAUGAAUAUCACCGAAUUCAAAUACAGAUAUAAGUCUAGUGAGAAAGCUGUUGUCCUCUACAGUGUUGGGGUUCACACAGUCUCAGAGCUAAGAGCAAUGCAGGAGAGGAUGAAAUCUUCUCAUCUUCAAACUCGCAAUCGCACAGAAAGUGACAUGGUGAAAGAUCACUUGCGUUACAUGAUGGGAGGCCGUUCAAAUGUUGAGAAUGAGGUUCUUUGCCGUUUUAUCUUUCCAGAAAGACCUGGUGCUUUGAUGAAAUUCUUGGACUCCUUCAGUCCACGUUGGAAUAUUAGUUUAUUCCAUUAUCGUGGGCAGGGUGAAGCUGGAGCAAAUGUUUUAGUUGGAAUACAGGUACCCAGAAGUGAGAUGGAUGAGUUCCAUGAUCGUGCUAACAAACUUGGAUAUGAUUAUACAGUGGAGAAAAAUGAUGAAGACUUCGAGCUUUUAAUGCGCUGAUGAUUAGCCAUUAUUGUGAAUUUUAGUGGACAAUAACAAUAUUAUCAUAUUUAUUUCGACAGUGGACUUCAAAGAGGUGGAUGAGGGAAAGCAUGAAAGGAAAUGGCCCCUAGACAUGUCACCAGAUGACUAGAGGAACCAACUCUUUUUACUUAGUGCUGCAAUUUAUGCAUUUUUGUAAUCUAUAAUUAAUAUAAUAAUUUAUAUUCUCUAAUGUUUUUGACUUGCCUUUUAACAUCUGUAAUAAAUGGCUC